ACUUCUGAUGAUGUCAUCGGCAGGAGCAAUGAGGAGUUUUGCGUGUGCGGAUGAAUUGGCCCGGCAGCAAAAUCCGGGCUCUUAUUCAUAUUCUUAUUCUUAUUCUUAUUGUUAUUGUUAUUGUAACCUCGUCACCUCGCAGCGAGAAAGAAAGACGGCGGGUGGGCGCAGCCGAAAGCCGCUCGCUCGCCUGCUAGCAUUAGCAUGGUAACCGAGGAAAAUCACCGGCGUGAUCAAUUUCCUGUCCUGGAGCGACAUGACAGAAAUUCUUCCACUUGCUUUUGGUUUUCGUCUCGGUUGGAGACGACGCAGCGGGAGGAAAUCGUCCCUCGGCAACAACAUCCUGGCUCCCGUUGAUGACGUCAUCGGGCCAACAGCCACUCCGCUUUUUCAUUGGCGCUUUCUCAUUUUCGCCUCACGCGGGUCGCGGGCGCGCUGGAGCCUAUCCCAGCUAUCAUCGGGCGAGAGGCGGGGUACGCCCCGAACCGGUCGCCAGCCAAUCGCGGGCCACGUACAAACAAACGACCAUUCGCACUCACAUUCGGAGUCUUCGCUGAACCCGCCGCGCGUGUUUUUGGGAUGUGGGAGGAAAGCCACGCGGGCGCGGGGACAACGUGCAAACGCCACACAGGCGAGGCCGGAUUUGAACCCGCAACCUCACAACUGCAAGGUUUUCCUGGUCAAAGCCCCGCCCACCCUCGCCGGCGCGCGCGCGCGCGCGCGCGUGAAGUUAUUUAAAGGUCCAGUCGGCCUGUGUUCUUCAUCAUCGUCUUCGUCUUCGGAGGAUUAAAAUCACUUUUGGAUCGAAAAAAACAAAACAAAACAAAAACCGGCGGCGACAUGUCGCUGCUGAUUGCGAUUGGCGUUUUCUACGCGAUCUCGUCGUCGUCGUCGUCGUCGUCUUCGGAAAGCUCGGCAACGCGGCCGCUUUCCUGCAGCGCCCGCGGGGCCGACCUGGGCCCGGCGGCGGACGGCGCCGUCCUGGUGUCGUGUCCGCCGGACUGCGGACGAAGGCCGCUUCCCGUGUUCGGCGCCGACGUCUACGCCGACAUCUCGUCCGUUUGCGGCGCCGCGCUGCACAGCGGCGCGGCGGGACGCGCCGGCGGCGAGGUUCGCGUGGAGCGGCUCCCCGGGCGACACGGCUACGUCCGCUCCUUCGCCAACGGCGUCCAAUCGCGGGCCUUGUCCACCUGGAGCGCCUCCUUCCGCGUCAGCGAGCCUGAGAAGGAAGGACCUCAGGAGCUGAUGCAGGACUCCGCCGCCGCCGCCACCGCCGCCCCCGGGGAAGUCAAGAAGAAGACGCCUGUGAAAAAAGUUGGAAAUAAAGACUGUCAGAUGGACAUCGCGGUGGUGAUCGACAGCAGCGCCAACUUGGGCCGGCGGCGCUUCAACCUGCAGAAGAACUUUGUCACCAAGUUGGCGGCCAUGUUGAAAGUCGGAGUCGACGGACCCCGCGUGGGCCUCGUCCAGGCCAGUGACGUUCCCAAGACAGAAUUCCUGCUUAGCAACUAUACACAACCCAAAGACCUUCAGUUUGCCAUCAAAGAGCUCGGACACCUGGGAGGGGAAACCAACACAGGAAAGGCCAUCACGCACACGGCGGAGAAUCUGUUCACUCAGCAGAGCGGCGCCCGUCGCGGCCGGCCGCGCGUCAUGCUGGUGCUGGUCGACGGGUGGCCGUCGGACGACCCGGAGCGGGCGGCCGCGUCGGCGCGGGAGGCGGGCAUCAACGUCUUCCUGGCCGCCGUCGCCAAGCCCGUGCCCGACGAGCUCCCCGCCGUGCCGGACCUUAACUUCGCCAAGAAGGCGGUGUGCAAGGACGACGGUUUCUUCAGCUACCAGAUCUCCAGCUGGUUCGGCACCACCAAACACGUCAAACCUCUCGCGCAGAGACUCUGCUCGCUGGACGCGCUUCAGUGCAGUCGCACGUGUUUGAAUUCGGUCAACGUGGUUUUCCUCAUCGACGGCUCGUCUAGCAUGGGCUCUCCCAACUUCCAAUUGGUCCUGGAGUUCGCGGCGGCCAUCGCCGGCAGGUUGGACGUCUCGGAAGUCGGAGCUCACGUCGGCGCCGUUCAGUUCACGUACGAUCAGCGCCUGGAGUUCGACCUUUCGGAGCACGCCAGCAAGGACGCCGCGGCGGCCGCCCUGAGGAAGAUCCCGUACAUGAGCGGCGGCACGGCCACGGGGAGCGCCAUCACCUACGCUACGCGGAAUGUCUUCAGGCAAGCCGCGGCCGGACGCAACUUCUUGAUCGUGGUGACUGACGGCCAAUCGUACGACAACGUGGGCGGGCCCGCGCUGGUGGCGCACAAUCAAGGCAUCACCAUCACAUCGGUGGGCGUGGCCUGGGCGCCCAUGGACGACCUGCAGGUGAUGGCGUCCGCGCCCAAAGAGAAGCACAUCUUCUUCAGCAGACACUUCGAAGGCCUCCAAGACCUCGUCGAAGACAUCAUCCGCGGAAUUUGUCACGACUUCAACGCCAACAACUGAAAGCGCGCGCGCGCGCGUGCUGUACGAUACGCGAUGACGUCAUCACCGAGUCACGACAUGUAGUUGAUUGAUUGACAGGUGGCGUCACGCUGGAACACUUUGUCUUCUUUUCCUUGUGUAACUUUUCCAAUCUCAUUUCAUAUUUUAUACUUCAACAAACUGUAAACCUGUGACGAUCUCAUGAUCUAUUUGACCUUCUUAUGUAUUUAUUAU